AUGAAAUCAAAAGUAUUGUUUAUUGGAGACUUGAAUAAGAACUUACCUCAAUACAAGGAGUUCAGUGAAAAGUAUGAAUGUUUAGAUUACGAAAUUACCACUCGAGAACAAGUAAUUGAAGAUUUUAAAGGGAAAUUUCAAGACAUUGAAGCCAUAUAUGGUGCAUGGCAAGGUUUUGGAUACGUUGGAGGAUUCAACAAGGAUUUACUUGACAAUAUCCCACCCAAAGUAAAGAUUAUAGCUAUUUGUUCUGUUGGAUAUGAUGCUUAUGACUAUAAAACCAUGGACGAAAGAGGUGUUAUAUUAACCAAUGUUCCUUCAACUAGUGCAGCAGAUCCUGUGGCUGACCUUGUUUUAUACCAUGCGUUAACCAGUUUCAGAAACCUCAGAUUAACUAUUGAUAAUUUUGAUGCCAGACUUAACCAUACUGUCAAAACUAGAAGACUUUUGGAAGUUAGUAAAUUCAAUGGCCAAACAGGUCAAAUCGAUAGACUCGAUGAUAAGGUUGAUGGCUAUGCUUACGGAGAAACCGUAGGAGGAUUGGAUUGUCAUAAUCCAAGGGGCCACAAUGCUGUAAUCUUUGGAUUUGGACAAAUCGGACAAACCAUUGGUCAAAGAUUAUCAGCUAUUGGUAUGAAUAUUCAUUAUAUCAAAAGAUCCAAAUUAUCUCAAGAUGAAGAAUCCAAAUUACCUUAUCCUGUCACUUAUCAUAAAUCAUUGGAAGAAGUCACCGAUUUUGCCGACUUCUUAGUCCUUGCUGCCCCAGGAACUCCAGAAACCAAACAUUCUGUAAAUGAAUCCUUAAUCAACCAAUUCUCACAUCCUAUUAGAAUUGUAAACGUGGGGAGAGGUUCAAUCAUUGAUGAAAAUGCUUUAGUUAAUGGUUUGAAAUCAGGUCAGGUUGCUUAUGCUGGAUUAGAUGUAUUCGAAGAUGAACCUGCUGUUCAUCCUGAAUUGUUAGGAAGACACGAUGUUGUUUUAACUCCUCAUAUUGGUGCAUCUACCGUUGAAAACUUCGAUAAUACCGCCAUUACAGCCAUGGCCAACAUCGAUAACGUCUUAUCGGGGAAAGAUCCUUUAACUAAGGUUAAUUGA